GUGACGUACUUUUUGUCAGUGCCUUCUCACGUCUUAAUUGAAAUUGCACUGCGCGGAGCAAGCGUGCAGGUGUUCGGCGAUGCUAAUUAAAUCAAAACAAGCUGAGGUUCACGUGGAAAGUGUUCACAAACUGCUGCGCUGAAUAAAAAGACAUCCUCGCUUUAAAUCUGGUACGCAACAUGAACAGCAGUGGUCCAGCAUAUCCUCUAGCCUCUUUGUAUGUUGGGGACCUGCACCCUGAUGUUACAGAAGCCAUGCUAUAUCAGAAGUUUUCUCCUGCUGGACCCAUCAUGUCGAUCCGCGUGUGCCGGGACAUCAUCACCCGCAGAUCCCUAGGAUACGCCUACAUAAACUUCCAGCAGCCAGCUGACGCGGAGUGUGCCCUAGAUACGAUGAACUAUGACGUCAUUAAGGGUCGACCCAUUCGGAUAAUGUGGUCUCAGCGUGACCCAGGUCUCAGGAAGUCCGGUGUGGGAAACAUCUUUAUCAAGAACAUGGAUGAGUCCAUUGACAACAAGGCGCUGUAUGAUACCUUCUCUGCCUUUGGCAAUAUUUUAUCCUGCAAGGUUGUCUGUGAUGAGAAAGGAUCAAAAGGCUAUGGCUUUGUUCACUUUGAGACUCAGGAGGCUGCAAAUCGGGCCAUUGAAACAAUGAAUGGGAUGCUUCUGAAUGACAGGAAAGUUCAAAAGACAGGUAAAAAGGAAUCUGGCAUUGUCAACCCAAAGGACCGUUUCCUGUGGGAAAAAUGUCAGUUCUCCCAGCUUAGGUCAGCAAAUAGGUUUGUUGGCCACUUCAAGUCUCGCAAGGAAAGGGAAGUUGAGUUUGGCUCCAAAGCUAUGAAGUUUACCAAUGUCUACAUCAAGAACUUUGGAGACGACUUCACUGACGAGAACCUGAAGGAGGUUUUUUCUGCUUUUGGGAGGACUCUCAGUGUGCGGGUGAUGAAGGAUGAGAAAGGCCAAUCCCGAGGGUUUGGGUUUGUCAACUAUGCUCACCAUGAGGAUGCUCAGAAGGCUGUGGAUGAAAUGAAUGGAAAGGAGCUUAAUGGGAAGACCAUUUACGUAGGUCGCGCUCAGAAGCGUAUGGAGCGCCAGGGGGAGCUGAAGCGCAAGUUUGACCAGAUCAAACAGGAUCGCAUCCAACGCUAUCAGGGGGUGAAUCUGUAUGUGAAGAACUUGGAUGAUAGCAUAAAUGAUGAUAGACUCCGGAAGGAAUUUUCUCCUUAUGGUACAAUCACAAGUGCUAAGGUGAUGACUGAAGGUGGCCAAAGCAAGGGCUUCGGCUUCGUCUGCUUCUCGUCUCCAGAGGAAGCAACCAAAGCAGUGACUGAAAUGAACGGGAGAAUUGUUGCGACCAAGCCGCUGUAUGUUGCGCUGGCGCAAAGGAGGGAGGAGCGGAAAGCUAUUCUAACUAACAAGUACAUGCAGAGACUCGCUACCCUGAGGACCAUGAGCAACCCCAUCAUCGACUCGUACCCCCAGUCAGGAUACUACAUGACCGUACCACAGCCUCCCACUCGCUCUUUCUACAACCACAGUGCAGUCAGCAACCUGAGACCAGUCCCUCGUUGGAUGGGGCAGCCGCCCAGAGCCCAGGGACCUUACUCAGCCCAGUAUAUAGGGAGUCCUCUUCCUCGCCGCGGUUCACCAACCAUCACUACAGUCCGACAAGCUUCCACUCAGGCUCCACGCAUCAUAACCUCCUCACAAAAGACGACUCUUCCUUCAGAUAACAUAGGGACGCAGACUGGAGGAGUGCCCAGAGGAAAUCAGUACAAGUAUUCGUCUGGAGUGAGGAACCCUCUGCAUGUCGUUACAGUUCCUGCUCCCAUGACGAGACCACAGGUUGCUCCUGUGCCUGUGGCUGAACCAGCAGCUCACAUUCCAGGCCCGGAGUCUCUCACCGCUUCAAUGCUGGCUGCAGCUCCGCUCAUGGAUCAGAAACAACUUCUUGGGGAGCGACUGUAUCCACUGAUUCAUGCCCUUCACCCAAACCUGGCAGGAAAGAUCACAGGGAUGCUGCUAGAGAUCGACAAUUCAGAACUGCUGCUCAUGCUGGAAUCACCGGAGUCCCUGAACUCUAAGGUGGAAGAGGCAAUCGCUGUCUUGCAGGCUCACAAGGCAAAAGAGUGUUCUCCAAAAAAGUGAAACAAUUUAAGGUGUGAAGAUUAUUCUAGAGGAGAAAAAAGGUUCUAAGUAUCAGUUUUGGGAAAAAGAGAGCAAAGAAUAAAACUUGACAUGUUUAGAAUGAUAGUGAAAUGUUUCUGAAGUUCAAGCUAUUUUGUUGUUGCAGUGACUUUUGUUAGAAGAUAAAGUUUCCAGAAUAUGCAUUAAAUUUGUGUUGCGUCAUAUUUUUUUUAAUAUCAAAAGUGAAUACUUCUAUACCAUUUCAUCCCCUGGUUUGCAUUUAAUCAAUUUACAUAAAUGGACCAGAAUUCAGAGCUAGUCAAAGAUGUGAGAAUAUUGAGAUGUCUUUAUUGCUUCAUCUACAAGUGCAUCGCAGUAAACUGGAAAAUCACCAAAAGGUUGUUCAGUAAUUCAGUUCAAAUGGUCAAGCUCGUAUAGUUUUAUUAGACGUUGAUGUAUUAAGUGUUGUAAGAUAUCAGCUAAUGACCACAAAAAUCAGCUUCCUAGAAAAUUAAAAAACACUUUUUUUCCAAUUCAUUGUCAGCAUGUACUGUACAGUGUAUGUACUCAUUACUUGGUCAGGAUUUCCUUCGCUACAUCAGUGGAGACAAACUGCUUGUGGCUCGGAAAUGAAUAACAAAGACCAGGUGUCUUCAAUGCGGCCUUAAUCCGAUUACAUUUGGUCUGUUUUCUCAUCCUGUUGACAGACAUUUAUAGAUUGUCUUGGGGGUCUAGAUUUGGUAGUUUACAUCAAAUAAAGUGCCAUAGUUGUUAAAUUAGGUACUCUAGGCAGUACGGGCAGGUGCCAAGUCCAGCUGGAAAUUUAAAUCGGGAUCAUUUUAGGGUUUAUCACCAGAGGAAAGCAUGAAGUACUUUAAAAACAAACCUGGUGGACAGCUGUUUUCAUGUCGGACUGGACAAGACAGUGGACCAGCAGAUGGACUCCCUGAAUCAUCUCUGGCUGUAGAAAUUAAACACUUGACCUCAAGUAAUUUGGGGACUCUCCAGACUUUAAGGAUCUUGAUUUCCAUAUAAAAUCUGAAAAGAGGACUUUGAAUUAAGCACAACAAUUCAAACCCUCCAGCCCAGGCAAGAUUUGAGGCCGUCUCCAGUCUGGGAUAAAUCUAUGUGGCAACUCUCACAAAACCUGAAUGGACGUUGCUUUAAAAUCACAAAGGCGACGGUUCUUUUACAAACAGCCUUCCAUUUAUGGAGUCUGUUUCGUGAUCUGUUUAACUUCAGUGCAGACAGUUCAAAGAGGUGUACCGUUUCCCUUUACUGUAAUGACAGCGAGGAAGGAGACUCGGUUUAUUUUGAAUAUCUGUACUGGCUAGCCACAUGGAUGCAUGUGAUGGAGCAUUGUCCUGCAUAAAACAAAUCUUUUUGAAAGAUGACCCCUUCCUGUAGCACUGCUUUAAGGUAAAUAGUUAUGGAAUAUGACAACUGGAAGAUAAUGAUUCCUGGUAGCUUCAUGCUAGUUCAUAAUUAUUUGCAUCUUUCAAGUUUAUUAUGACCCUGCUCACAAAGUUGCAACAAUGUUAAGAAUUUAGAGUGCUAGGCAGUUUUCAGUGUUAACUGUUUUUGGCCAUGUUAAGUUGCCUAAUAAUUCUGCACAGCUUGUUACAGUGUUGAUGUUGUUAGGCCACAUCCUCCCUCUUAGCACAUCACCUGUUAUGUUUAAAUCCAUUAAGUAUGCAAAGUUUAUCCAGCUUGGAUUUAGAAACUGCCUAAAAAUAUGGUCAAAAAACUUGAUAAUUAUGUGCUGUGAUUUACAAUAUUGGUGUACUUUGAAGUCUAUUUUACACCCACAUACAAUUAGUAUAUCAGCAAUACAUUUGUGAACAUUUUAUCUACAGGUAAAGUUAAAAUUUUUGCUAAUUCACUUAUCACCAUGCAUACAAUAGAGUUCCUGGUGUCCUCAGUAAAAUGAAAACCACAGGCUCCAAUGCUGCUAUUAAGACUUUAAUCACAAAUUGAACCUGGCCUGACAAACUCAAAUGGGAACAAAAGAAUGAACUGAGGUUUGCCAGAUUUAUUGGAAGCCUUCAUACAAAAGAAAUUAUGGCUGUAUAAAGUUACAAAGGAUUACCAUUGACAUCAAUAUACUUUCAGCAUUUUAGGUCAAUUAACCCAACAGUAUUCUGUAAUUUCAAGGUAAUGAAUUUAAAACGGCUGAGUUUAACGAGCAGAUAAGACGAUAUUUAAAAAUGUACAGACCAAUAGAUAUCUGCAGAUUACUUUUCAGUGGUAGUAUACAACACAGACCACAAAUCUGAAAAGCAACUUCAAAAAAAGAAAAA